ACCUCGUCAACACGCGCAUACACAUCAGUGGAGGCUGACACUAUAUACUUUAGCAGAUAUAUACAAACAUACACUCAGCUCACGAUCGAGAGAGAGAGAGGAACACAACGUGUGUGCAAACUUGUAUUUUUCUCUGACUGUGUUACUUUAAUCUGCCAUCGUGGAUUUCAAAGAGGAACCCAUGGCCAAUAGUGCCAUGAUCUCGCCCAAGCCUGGUUACCCGGCAGCAUCACCCGUCAGCAUGAAUACGAUGACGGGUAUGACGGGCGUCGGGAGUAUGACGUCCAUGAACAGCUACAGCUCGAUGUCGACCACGGGUAUGCCGGGGAGUGCGAUCACCAGCAUGAGUGGUAUGACCCACGCGGGUAUGACGGGGAUGUCGAGCAUGUCGAGUAUGGCUGGGAUGGGAAUGAACCCCGGCAUGGGAAGCAUGGGUCACAUGAACUCGAUGGGGAGUAUGAACACCAUGGGCUCCAUCAAUGGCAUGAACUCAAUGGGUGCUAUGAACAACCCCGCUGCGAUGUCGAUGAGAUACGCCCAAGCUCAGGCUGCCAACUCUAUUGAUCGUAUCCGUGCUGAUAAGACAUACCGACGAUCUUACACCCAUGCUAAACCUCCUUAUUCUUACAUCUCUCUUAUUACCAUGGCCAUCCAGCAAUCUCCGCAGAAAAUGGUGACUUUGAGUGAUAUUUACCAGUUUAUCAUGGACUUGUUUCCCUUUUACCGUCAAAAUCAACAACGGUGGCAAAAUUCGAUACGCCACAGUCUCUCGUUCAAUGACUGUUUCGUCAAAGUCCCGAGAACGCCCGAUCGACCUGGAAAAGGGAGUUUUUGGACGCUCCAUCCUGAUGCUGGUAAUAUGUUCGAGAAUGGAUGCUAUCUGAGACGCCAAAAGCGAUUCAAAUGCCCCAAGAAGGAGGCCCAGCGGCUGGCGCAGAAAGCAGCCGGAGACGACGGGCAACCGAUUGAGAACGGGGAACCCAAUACCAGAGACCCUUCAACGCCUGUAUCACAUCCCACCCCAACCGACUCCGUAUCAUCAGACGGGGGACUGCCCAACCAGAACCAGCAACUAGAACACCCACAACAAGUACCAACACCACAACACCAACAACAAGGCGCCACACUGCAUAAGAUGGAGAAUCAUCAGUUAUCACCGCCACACAGCAUGAGCAGCUACGCCAACCCGUCUCGUCCCAUCGCCUACCCGACAGCCUCGGCGACCAUGGGUAUGUCGGGAAUGACGGGCAUGCAUCCAGCCAGUAUGCUAGGAGUAGGACAACAUCCAUCCUUCGCACAUUCACAUCCAUUCUCCAUCAACAGUAUAAUCUCACCUGAACAUAAACUGGACAUGAAGGCUUAUGAGGCCAUGGGGUACAACCCCUACAAUAUGGGCAUGCAGGCUCAGAGUGCGAGACCCAACAUGGACUAUAACUCUCCAAUGGGACCUGGGGAGGUAACAUAUAGCCAGCUCCAAACGGCUCAAGCAAACCAUGCAAUGUGAGUUAAUACUCUGGUAUGUGUCUAGAAACUAUUUGGACCUUUUCUAUUUCAAUUUAUAAUGUCAGUACCAUCCUGUAAAAGUUCUAAUUUGUGAUAGAGUAUGUGUUUAUAGAAGAACAGAAAGAGAAACGUCACAGAUAUUGGUAUAUUGACACGACCAGUUAUAGAUGGAGCACGCCACAUUAUUUGUUUUCUUUUGGAAGAAAUAUUGUCAAAUUCCGAGCUGAACUUUAGAUACUGAAUAUCAUCUUUCAGUGAAUUAACUUGUUUUUCUACUCUGACAAUCAUUCACAAUUUGUGCAAAUGUCACCAUGUGUUAAAUGAAAUAGAAAGAGAGCUUUACAUUUUAGUGUUCUUUUUGUUUGAACCCCAAACACUCGGUUAAAUCAAUCUAAUCAUUGUAAUAUGUAUAAUUCUGAAAUGUGAGUCACAUCGCCAAAUUCAAUUCCAACAUUAUUCCAAUAAAUAGACUUCUUGAUUUUAUUGUGAAUGAAUGCAUAAUUGGUAUUUAUUUAUUUGAUAUUGGUAUAUAUUAGUUCUAGAAUAUUUGUCAUCUAGCUAGUUUCCGUAGCCCUGUAAUACAACAGAUCACUUCAUGUUUGAAAAUAAUUCCCUGUCCAUUCAUUUCGAAGGGACGCUGAGAAGAAAUUAACAGGCAAAUAUAAAGUUGCGUUCGUUUUUAUUUAUAUCGCAGCAUCGUACACAUUCAUAAUUACAUUUUUCAUUUUUUACUUUAAUACUCCAACAAAGAUAAAUUGUGUGCAAUGUUUGCAUAAUUAUGUUCAGCUGGAAAGUAAAUGAAGUGUUUCAAAAUUGUUAAUUGAGGGCUUUUUCGAGGAAUUUAAUUUCUGAAUGAAAAUAAUUAGCGUAGGAUUUAAGGUGUUUCACCAAAGUGCCAAAUGCAAUAUUAAAUCUUAAACCUACAUCUCUCUGUCACGACUUAAAAUUAUGUAAGUAUAUUAUAUGUCUGUCUUUCUCGUAGUAAACAUUUUAUCAUAACUCCUGUAUUAACAAUUUCAUGCCAUUUUGUAAGAGUUACCGUGUCCAAUUUUGAUACAGACACCGUUACCGUUUUUCUUUUUUUAAGAAAAGGAUUUAAAGAAAAUAAAGACUUAAACAAAUUAGAUCAAACAAAUUCAUCUUUACUUGGUGAAAGAGAUCCAUUCAAUAUCAUAUUUAAUACCAAAGAAUUCCGUAUCGUAUGAUAACCUGUUGUUUUUAUGAUUUUAUUUUUUAAUAGAUGUACGUUGCACAACUCUUGUGUAUAUUUUUCUUGUAAACUACAUGUAUAUGUUCAUUUUUUUUCGAGAGAGAUUUAAUCGAGUGCUAUGUUGAGAUAUAUCAAGCAAAUGAUGUUCAAAAGAGAAAUAAUGUCC